AUGGAACGACCGAGCUACUCUAAGAACGAUACCCAAGAUCACUACAAGAAUGCUGUUCCCGAAGUAGGAGAACGAUCCUNNGAACAUCCAGACCUUGACUCUGCUGUCAGAGAUGCCGUGAAUCACCGCCGGCUUAACCCAAGGCAACUGCAAUUUACCGCUAUUGCUGGAUCCAUUGGAGCGUGGGUUUCGAUGAUCAGCGUUCAAUAUGGCAUCCUGCUAACGCAACCCAACCAGUNNGCACUCUUCGUCGCUAUAGGUUCUGGUGUGACUUCUGGUCCCUUGUGCCUCCUGUGUGGCUUCGUGUUCUGGGCAACUGUUGUGUUUUCUGUCGCUCAAUGCCAGACAGAGAUUGUCACGCUGUUCCCACUUGACGGCUCCUACAUUCGUUUGGCUGGUCGUAUGGUUGACCCGGCUCUAGGGGUGACCGCAGGUUGGAACCUUUUCUUCGCUCAAACAUCGUAUGUGAUUUUCGAAGCCACCAUCAUCAAUACCCUCGUAUCAUAUUGGGGAUAUGAUCUGUCACCAGCCAUCUUGAUAUCUGUCUCUUUGCUCUUCUACCUGGCUCUCAACAUAUAUCGAGCCGAUGUUUUUGGGGAGGCAGAGUUCUGGCUAGCUCUUGGANAGAUCUUAUUGGCCACUGGCCUCAUCAUCUAUACUUUCAUCGUCAUGCUUGGCGGCAACCCACUACAUGAGUUGGUGUAUCCUUACCUUCCUGAUUACCUCGCUAACGUUCAUCAACAGUNNCGUUUCGGCUUUCGCUUCUGGAAAGAGCCAGGCCCUUGGGCUGGAAACAGCCCGUCUACCCGACUAGAGUCUUUCAUCAAUGCGGUAAACGUCGCUGGGUUCUGUAUGGGCGGACCUGAAUAUCUCUCCAUGAUCGCUGGCGAAGCUGUAGAUCCACGACGCACCGUACCUCGCGCAUUCAGUACAAUCGUUACCCGUCUUAUCAUCUUCUUCAUUGGUGGAGCCAUUUGCGUCGGCAUACUGGUUCCAUCCAAUGAUAGUACCCUGACCACUGGCUCGGACACGUAUGCCGGGGCUUCGCCAUACGUGAUCAGUAUGCAAAGACUUCGAAUCCCUGUGUUGCCUUCGAUUAUUAAUGCAGCAUUGAUUACAUGUAUCAUUUCUGCCGGCAACGCAUACACGUUCAAUGCCUCAAGGAGUCUCCACGCACUAUCACUUGACGGUCAAGCACCAGCUUUCCUGCGUAAGCUGAACAAGCACGGAGUGCCAUAUAUGGCUGUUAUAGUCGUCAUGUUGCUGUCAUGCCUUGCGUACCUAGCGCUAGGAUCUGGAAGUAGCAAGGUCUUAUCCUGGAUUCUGAAUUUUUGUACGGCAGCAACGAUGCUGAACUGGGUCAUAAUGUCUGCAACAUGGAUCCGAUUCAAUGCCGCAGUUAAAGCUCAAAAUAUUGAUCGGCAAACAUACCUGCCCAAUCUUUCGCGCUGGCAGCCGUAUGCAGCUUACUGGGCCUUCUUCUGGGCAUCGAUCUUCCUCUGGGUCCAAGGGUAUGCUGUCUUCUUGAGGGGAAAUUGGGAUGUUGCAACCUUCAUCUUCAACUAUGGCAUCAUUGCCCUGGCUGGUGGGAUUGGCAUAGUAUGGAAGAUUGUCAAAAGGACACGGUUCCAUCGUAGUAAGGAGACUGAUCUUGUAUCUGGCUGCGACUUCUUUGAUGCUCUGACGGAGCACUACCGUAGCCAGCGAGAGGCUGAUGGUGUUGCUGCAGACACACUCAAAGGUCGAAUCAUGGCCAAGAUAUUUUAG